AUGGCGGGCGACAUCUCCCUGACGAACACGGACACCGCGGGCGUCGUGAUCUUCGGCCUCAUCAUGGGCGCGCUGCACGUGCUCAUGGGAGCCGAUCACCUCAUCGCGCUCGCCGUCGUCGCCUCGCCGGGCGCGCCGGAGCGCAAGCCCCGCCGCGACGUGGAAUCCCGCGGCGGCGAUCACCGCGACGGCGACGACGACGACGACGAAAAUCGCGACGCGGAACGCGACCGCCCCGGGAUGCGUCGCGCGCUCCGCGCCGGGAUGCUCGGCGUGCAGUGGGGGAUCGGCCACGCCCUCGGCCUCGCGCUCGUCUGCGCCGUCUUCUUCGCCACGCGUCGGCGCAUGAACCUCGACGACUUCGGCGACUACGCGGACAAGGCGGUGGGCGCGUCCAUGAUCGCCCUCGGGCUAAUCUCGCUCUGGCAUCUUCGAAGGUGGCGAACGCGACGCGAGCGGGAGAGGGCGCACAUCGUCGACGAGCGCGUCGCGGGUGCGGGCGAUCCGGAGGUUCACGACGACGUGGCGUCGGCGUCGGCGUCACAGCUGGCGGCGUCACAGCUGGCGUCGUCCCGUCACGCCAGUCCCGCUCACGUCGCGCUCGUGCUGGAGGCGGGAUCCGAGGAGCACGCCGCCGCGCACGACAUGCGACUGCCCCACAUCCACGUCCCCAGGGGAUCGUCCCCGUCGUCCCCGUCGUCGUCGCCCGCGAAACCCGCGUCGUCGCAGCGGGCGGCGGCGGAGAGGGUCACCUCGCCGGGCGGAGCCGCUCGCUUUGGCGAACAAAAAAUCGACGACGAGUCGAAGGCGGAAGUCGAAUCGUCAACCGAUGACAAGUCCAGACGAGGGUGGUCGAUGUCCAUCGGCCUCGUGCACGGCGUCGCGGGACCGAGCGGGAUCCUCGCGGUGCUGCCCGCGGUGGUGCUGGCGGACGCCGGUAAAUCCGCCGCGUACCUGGUGGCUUUUUUCGUGGCAUCCGCGACGGCGAUGGGCGCCUUCGCCGCCAUCUUCGGAUACGUCACCGACCUCGCCGUGCGACGGCAGAUGGACGACGACGCGCGGCACGAUGGGUGCGAAGACGUCGGGGCGGUCGUUUCGCGCGACGGACGGCGGGUGACGCGCGCGACGGACGCGGCGACGCGGGUGGCGAUGGGUCUCAACCUGGGCGCCGGCGUAUUGGCGGUGGCGGUCGGGACGCUUUGGUUGGCGCUGUCGGGGCUCGGUCUGCUGGGCAGCCUGUGA